AACGGCGAAUCCGUUUUGCGACACUUUACCGCUGAUGUUACGUCAGUGCCGUACAAUGAGCACCUGACUUCUGGCAGCUGCUUUAGUGUUGAAGCAUGGGGAAGCCGCGCCGGAAAGUGGAGUUCAGCCAUGCUGAGCGGAUGAUGAUGACAAUUGCCGAUGUCCUCAAGCAGCUGAUUGAAGCUCAUGAGCAGGGGAAGGAUGUUAACCUUAACAAAGUGAAAACAAAAACUUCAUCCAAGUAUGGCCUGACUUCGCAACCUCGUCUUGUGGACAUCAUUGCAGCUGUGCCCCCUCAGUACAGAAAGGUGCUAAUACCAAAACUGAAAGCAAAACCCAUCCGGACAGCCAGCGGGAUUGCAGUGGUUGCAGUGAUGUGUAAACCACACCGAUGUCCUCACAUCACCUUCACGGGAAACAUUUGUGUAUACUGCCCUGGGGGUCCAGAUUCAGACUUCGAAUAUUCAACUCAGUCUUACACAGGGUAUGAGCCAACCUCAAUGCGAGCCAUACGUGCAAGAUAUGACCCCUACUUACAAACAAGACACCGUGUGGAGCAGUUAAAACAGUUGGGACACAGUGUGGACAAGGUUGAGUUCAUUGUGAUGGGUGGGACUUUUAUGGCGCUGCCAGAAGAAUACAGGGAUUACUUCAUCCGUAACCUGCAUGAUGCCCUCUCCGGUCACACCUCCAACAAUGUGGCAGAGGCUGUCAAGUACUCUGAGCGCAGCAAUACCAAGUGUGUUGGCAUCACCAUUGAGACCAGACCAGACUACUGCCUGAAGCGCCAUCUCAGUGACAUGCUGCAAUAUGGGUGUACACGGCUGGAGAUUGGGGUACAGAGUGUCUAUGAGGAUGUGGCCAGAGACACCAACAGGGGUCACACGGUCAGGGCCGUGUGUGAGUCAUUCCAGCUGGCAAAGGAUGCUGGCUUUAAAGUUGUGGCACACAUGAUGCCUGACCUUCCUAAUGUCGGCCUGGAGAGAGACAUCGAACAAUUCAUCGAGUUCUUUGAGAACCCAGCAUUCCGCCCUGAUGGUAUGAAGCUGUAUCCCACACUGGUGAUCCGUGGCACUGGUCUUUAUGAGCUCUGGAAAACUGGCAGAUACAAGAGUUACUCACCCAGCACACUUGUGGAUUUGGUGGCUCGGAUCCUUGCACUCGUUCCCCCCUGGACACGGGUGUAUCGUGUUCAGAGAGAUAUCCCAAUGCCUCUGGUCAGUUCUGGAGUAGAGCAUGGGAACCUAAGAGAACUAGCUUUGGCCAGGAUGAAAGAUUGGGGAACUGAGUGUCGCGAUGUCCGAACGAGGGAGGUUGGAAUCCAGGAAAUUCAUCACAAAGUGCGACCAUAUCAGGUAGAAUUGGUAAGAAGAGAUUAUGUUGCAAGUGGUGGCUGGGAAACGUUCUUGUCCUAUGAGGAUCCUGAACAGGACAUUCUAAUCGGACUACUCCGCCUGCGGAAGUGUUCUGAGGAAACGUUCAGAACAGAGCUGAAGGGAGGAGUAUCUAUUGUGCGAGAACUCCAUGUGUAUGGCAGUGUAGUGCCUGUCAGUGCACGGGAUCCAUCCAAAUUCCAACAUCAGGGUUUCGGAAUGCUUUUAAUGGAGGAGGCAGAACGGAUUGCUCAAGAAGAACAUGGAUCAUCCAAAAUUGCUGUUAUUUCAGGUGUUGGUACAAGGAAUUACUACAGGAAGAUUGGUUAUGAAUUGGAAGGACCCUACAUGGUCAAACGUUUGGACUGAGCUCAUUCAUUUCCCAGCAAUUAUUGAGCAGGGUGCUGUUUGAAAAUCCUGACCAUCGCAAGCUGUGCUUUUAAGAAUGACUUUGCUAUGUUGCACCUUAAAGGAUUAAAGGCUUAGUUCAGCCUUUGACCUAAUCAGUCCCAAUCUGCAAAACCACAGAUUCCUUAUACUAGUUUUGACAAACCCUGCGGCUCCUCUGGAUUGAAAAUGGUAGUUGAUUUUCAAGUUCAACAUGAUCUCGGUCACACAAGGAUUGUGAGUAGGCUUCACCUCUGUUACAAUAGACUAUCCUUGUUAUACAAAUACGGAUCCAGCCAAAGGAGGAAUUUAUAUUGUCACACAAGACAAUGGUGGAUAGAUAUGGUUAUUUGGCUCUCCAUUGAAAUAUCCAAUUGUUAAAUGAUUCACAGGUUUUGCUUUCCCCUUCCCAUAUGCCUUCUGUUCUUCAGGGUUGAACGGCCCAUGUCUCUACAUACACUGAUGGACUGUGGCAGAUUGGAUGUUGGGACUGAGCACUAGUUUCAGUUGUUGAAGUUGUUCAAAGCAGGUGGUUUUAGGAAAUUGAGUUUAAUACAUUUACAGGUUAACUGGUCAGUCAUCGGUAAUGAUCCAUUUAGAACAGGUGGUGAUAUAAAAAUAACCAUUACAAUUGAGCAGAUGUAUUUAAUAUUUCAAACAUUCACUUUUAGAAAAUUAAACUUGUAAUUUACUUGUGAUUAAAAAGUGGUGCAUUGUUUCUGUAAUGGGUUCAACAAGUCUUGACAUUAUGGUGAAGGAUGUUUAUUUCAAAGGGUUAAUUUGUUUAUCUCAGAGUUCCAGUAUUUGUAGGAUCGCCUCAGCAUUGUGAUACAAAAACUGUUGGACUAAAAUUAUGUGAUACAUGAAAGAGAAAAUGCCGAGAAUAGCAUGACAUCCCUCCCCAUGCUCUCAGGACAAUCUCCUCCACUAAAAGGACCCUAAAACCUAAAAACACCACUAUCUGAUCAUUGUCUUCUCCUCCUCCUUAUCUUAAACCCCCAAAAUACAACACAUAUUUCCCUGACAGAGACUACCCUAAACCUCACCACCUCCACUCCUCGCCUGAGCUGUGUAGCAAUUCGAGAAUUGAUCUGCUAGAGUCCUGUUUACUAACUCAGGUAAGGCUCACUCGUUGACUUUCCACAUAGACAAAAUCAAAUUGCAACAAUGGCCUGUUAGAAGUGAAACUACUCUCGAGUGAUUCAAUAGCUGUGAGUGCUGUCAGUCUUUGCAACAAAUCAUGUGAAAGCACAUUUUGGAGGAAAAAGAAAUGUGGUGGACUUCUCAGAUUGAAAGCUGGUCCAGUGCAGUUAACCUGCAAAGACUGGGCGUCGCUGAAUUACGUAUUUUGAAAUUCUGAAAAACCUGUGCAAAUUUAACUCAAUAAAGUAGGAUCUUUUAAAUGUCAUUUUCUGCUCAUGAAGCUUAUAGUGCUUUACCAAAUAUCUAUGAUCAUUUUGAUUUCAAUUAGUUCGGAAAUCCUUCAAUCAGCUCUUUUUUUUCACUUUGUCAGCACAGGUGCCAGCAGACACUGACAAUACAGUAUUAAUAGUGCUAACAUGCGGCAAUCAAUCUGAUCUUAAUGACCUCUGACACAGUAAUUACCACUAUAUGGUGGCCUCUGUCUGUGCUGGGGUGUCCCACCACUAACGGUUCCCAAAUGAAGUGCUGCUCCUCUUAAGACUUAUUUGUUCUUUGUUUUCAACUGCUUCAAUUGUUAUUUUCUCAUUAUUGGUCAUUUUCCACAAGUUUGCUGCUUGCCUAUUAGAUUCCUGUGAUGAUCUGUCUGAUUAUCUAAUUAUAUUUUGCUAAAACUGC